AUGAAGAGAAACUGCAAUCUCGAACUCCGCCUCCUAACUUCAACCGAUUCCGACGACCACCACCACCGUUACCGGCCCAUGGUGGAGGCGUGGAAUGAAAGUCCACAAUCAGAACUAAAACAACAACAGCAAAAGCAGCUUACUAUAUUCUACAAUGGGAGGGUUUUAGUUUGUGAUGUUGCAGAACUGCAGGCUAGAGCCAUCCUACUGAUUGCAAGUCGAGAAAUGGAGGAUAAAUUGCAAAGCCCAACCGGGUCAGAACCAGCUGUUUCUUCACCAAUCUUACGAUCCCGGCUUUAUAGUCCUGUUGGUUUAUCAAUGAAGAGAUCAUUGCAAAUGUUCCUCCAGAAGCGAAGGCAUCGGAUCCAAGCAAUAUCUCCUUACAACAACGUUGAUAACCAGUUAAAGCGGACUGGAAGAUUUAGGAACUCGGUUUGGAGAGAAGAUCAGUGA